UCACUGAUGAUUAUGAGCUCAUUUUUGCAGCCAUCGCGAGGGUACAUGGAGGAGGUGGUUGGACUGGUGGCCACACUCGAGGGCAUGGUCCUGCGUAGGGAGGCACAGUUGUCUGUCGCGGGCAUCCAGAUGCCUUCAUGGUCCGGUCAGCCACAGGCCAGGCCACCUGGGCCUCAUUGGGGAGCUGGGCCAUCUGGGCCUUUUCAGGGGGCGGGGUCAUCUCGGCCUUCCCGAGGAGCCGGGCCGUCUAGGCCUCAUCGAGGAGCUCGAGGAGGGCCUGUCCGCAGACGCAGGGCUCACGUUGUGGAGGUGGAGCCUGAUGAGGAGGAGGAGGAGGCUACCGACCGUCAGUUCGAGACAUCUGUUGAGGAGGGAGGCUCCGGUUUUGGCUCGGGGAACAGAGGCGAGGCUGAGGAGGAUCCUGAGGAUGACAGCUCCGACUCAGAUGAUGGUGUGGAGGUCGUCCCGCAAAAGAGGACGAGGCGUGCUUCUCGUUCCCGCUCCCGAGGACUUUGAUGCUGCUAUUUCCUGCUUUAUUUUUCCUUUACUAG